AAGGGUGUAUCUAAUGAUGCCAAACAGGACCUCGAUCUAGACUUGUUGACCCAUAACAUGAACAACGACGGAAAAAAUCAAGCUUUUCAAAGUUCAGUAAGAUUAAGUGAUCAACCUUCUUUGCCAAACUCAGAGACAGAUCCAGAAGCUCAAACUUUGAUCACGGAUGAGGAGUGUUGUAGGGUUCUUUUCCCAGAUACCAUGAAAGAUAGCUGUACAUCUUCUGGUGAGCAAGGUCGGAAUAUGAUUGACCCUCAAAAGGGCAAAGGAUCUAUUUGUUCCCAGUCUGCAGAAACCCUUGUUCAUGAAACUGGAAAACUUCCAGCUUUAUCCUGGCAUCCUUCAAGUUCAGAGGGCCUGGCGGUUCAUAAUUGUGUCCCCUUAUUAGAUACUGGAUUAGAACGUAAGCCUGAUACAAAUGAUGGUUUCAUCGACACUGAUGGACAUAUA